AUGACCUCACGGACAUGUUCGUCACAUUUGAGUGACAGGCUAGGCAGCCUAAGCUUGCAGCUAGAUUCAUUUCCAAUAUCAGAAAAAGCGCUUAAAAGUGGAGACAAAAUCUCGAAGCUACUCAAUAUGCUGGUGAAGGAUCACUCGCUUGAGGCUGCUUCCAAAGCAUUAGACAGCCUAGAUAUAAAGCAGGGCGAGAGUGAGCUUGAGUGGCUUUUGCUUGCCAGAGUUACGCUGGUGCUGUAUGAUAACGUCGGCGAGACGCUGCUUCAUCACUCAGUAAGGCUGAAUGAUUUGAGUAAUUUUUGGGAAAGAAUGCUCGAAUCUCGUUUCAAGUCGUACAAUUAUCUAUUACAAACUUUGCCCAAUCGCGCUUUUAACUACGCCAAGAAUGCCCAACCAUCUAUGUUUUCCCUUUUUCCUUAUAGCCAAGCUGGAUUAUCGCUUAAUCUGCGCACGCUCACUUCCAGACCCCUCAAUUUGCUCAAGUUUGAGUUACAGUCCCAUGUGGAUGAUUUGGGAGCGUUGAAGGAUGAAAUUGCCAACUCUGUCGGUAUGUUAGCAUCGUUUGAUGGACUUAAGUAUGGAUUUGGACCCGGAAAUGGUGGCGUCAGCGGUAGAAGUCUCGGUGGUGACCUUAACAGCUGGAUCAAACAUUUAACGAGCGUGUUGAGCUCACUUGAUAAGGAAAAAAGCGUAAAAGUAAGCGAAUCAACCUCAUUUAAAGCAAUCUUGGACAAUUUAAAGACGCUUGUGAAUAGCGUUAUACCAUCUCACACAACCAGCAUUCAACAGCGCGUGCAAGAUCACAAAAGACCAUCCACGCUCAUUCGCAAUUGGCCAAAAUUUGUCGUCGGUCCCCCUCUUCUGCUCAUUGCAGCUAGGGUGGUGCUGAGAUCGCAAGACGCUGUAAAGGCGUACUUGAGAGAUGCUAGUGAGACUGUAAAAGGGUUCAUACAAAGUUGGGUUGUAGAGCCUGCAUCACACAUAAUCAGUACUAUCAGAUUCGGUGGUCAUGGAUUGGGCGUCACUGAAGCUGGUCUCGAGAGUGACAUAGCUAGUCUGGAGAGAAUGGUGAAAGAGUUAGGCAAAGACAAUCUCAAACUAUCUGAUGCACAACUACUGGAGCUAGGUGAGAACGUCCGCAAAGGUGACUUGUCAGCUGUGCUACAAGUGUAUGAAAACGAGAUGAAGACGCCAUUCAAAUCAGCAUUGUUCGGUCAACUGGUCAGAGCGCUGCUGAUUCAGAUACAAAAAGUCAAGUGCGAUGUCGACACUACUAUGACCAAACUAGACGCCCUCCUCAAGUCGCAAGAGCUGACAUUCGGCUUUGUGGGAGUUGCGCCAUCGCUCGCGAUUGUCUACUUUGUUGGUAGUUGGCUAUCGCGUGGAUUAGGAUUGGUAAUUGGCAAAAAAGAGCUCUCUUUGAGACGUCGUCUUGAGCUGUUUGAGUGUAUCAGGCGGAUAGACUGUCUGCUCGUGCCAUCGUCACAGUCACCACUGCCACAACAGACACUGGGUCACCUUUUGCUUGCUACAUCAAUAAUGCGCAAAAGUACAUCAGAUAUCAAUGACAAGCGUCUGCGGAGAGGCUUGUGCGAAGACUUAGCAUCCUUAGAGGCACCACAACUCCAAGUGAUCGAUAAGAGAGCAGUGGUCGAGCGCAUGUGGAGAUGCUGGGGUGGUAAGCUCGGGUGGAAUCAAGCAAUCGGGUGA